AUGGUGGUCUUACGAGAUCCGAGAACGCUCGCUACCAAUCGCAUCCCGAGUAGAUCUGGACCUACCGGCUACGCGCAGCCGGAACGUCCUAUUCCUGUUGUUCUUGCCAACGACGAGGAGGCUUUGACCGAAAGCCAGGGCCCCAGUCGGGAGAAGGUUACCGUACCUCCUCCAGCAUAUGGACUCUGGAGAAGCAGCGUGAGAAUCAAUCCCGAUCUACUAUACUGGCAGCGAGUCGAUCAGGAAGCGCAUCCGAUGAAGAAGCGCAUGAGCCGAGCGGAGCAAUCAGCUAAUGGCAAAGCUACCCCACGGCCGCCUAGCUAUACAUCUGACAAUGGCAUUGACUAUGUCGUUGAAGCACAGCCGCGGUCGUUCUCACAUUGGAACAUACCCGAAGAACCUGAGCAUCGUUAA